CGAGCAGAGCAUCGAGCAGGAGGAAGGUCUGAACCGUUCCUCGGCCGACCUACGGAUCCGGAAAACACAGCACUCAACGUUGUCCCGUAAGUUCGUGGAGGUGAUGACCGAGUACAACGCCACCCAGUCCAAGUACCGCGACCGCUGCAAGGACCGCAUCCAGAGGCAGCUGGAGAUCACUGGCCGGACCACCACCAACGAGGAGCUGGAGGACAUGUUGGAGAGUGGGAAGUUGGCCAUCUUCACUGAUGAUAUCAAAAUGGACUCCCAGAUGACCAAACAGGCCCUGAACGAGAUCGAGACGCGACACAACGAGAUCAUCAAGUUGGAAACGAGCAUCCGUGAGCUUCACGACAUGUUCGUGGACAUGGCCAUGCUGGUGGAGAGCCAG